AUGUCUGCUAAUAUCUUAACUCUCGAAUCCCUUGCAUUAAAUAUUCUAAAAAAUUCAUUCUCAGAAAAGAUUGCAGAAGAAAUAGAAUCUACGGUUAACGCUACGCCCAGAAGUCAGAAUAUUAACAAUAUGAUGGAUAUAUCUCUGGCAUUAUUUGGUGAUUUUACAAUAUUUCAAGAUACAUCCCAGAAAAAGCGUGUUGGUGAAUCCACCAGUAAACUAUCCAGUAAGAAAGUGAAGAAGCAAGUUUCAAAAGAAGAUUUUCCUAUAUUAAAAAAACUUAUUGAGGAAUUGACAUCAAUGAUACCUGAAAAUUCUGAAAAGCAAUAG